AUGUUCAGAGAAUUGUGCUCCAACUCCUUUGGGGCGCAUACUGAGCACGCCGCAGCUAAAUUUUGCAUCAUCAAGCACGCUAUACCACUUGGGCUCGGUGUGUGCCCAAUACCAGUUGACGAUGCCACAUCGAAAAGAACAGGAAACCAUUCGCCGUGGGCAUAUCCUCCUCGCUGUGUCAAACCGGCAAAUCGACCAAAGAAGGGGCCCAAAUACUGCGUCUACAACUUUGCAGACUUUCGCGGCGGCGAGGGCUUGAGUAUUAUUGCGACGCCCGAGAUAGCAGUCGAGGUCAUUGAUGCACUGGACGACGCAACUGUAUCACCAAAACUUCGUAGUCAUCCAUCUAGUUUACUAUUCCCUGGAGCAGAACGGGUGGCCCCAUUUGAGAUCGAGGAUGUCCCAAAUAAAGGGAAGGGUGUCAUUGUGACGGAGGACAUCAAGCAGUGGCAGACCGUCAUGGUUGACUUCCCCGCUGUGAUUGCCCCUAUGGACCUCUUUGAGGCUGUGAGUCCGGAGCAAGGCCGACAUCUGAUACAGAAUGCGAUCGAGCGACUGCCUGUGGCGAAGAAGGCUGCCAUUCUAUCUCUUGCAGCUGGGAGCGAAGGUGGAAUGGUGCAAGGUAUCUUGAACACUAACAGCUUCGGCAUCAACUUUGAGCAAAAUCAGUACAUAGCGCUUUUCCCAACAGGCUCGAGGGUGAAUCAUGACUGCCGGGCUAACGUAUUCUGGCGUUAUUCUCAUGCCAGCAUGACGAUGGAGUUCGUGGCCCUCCAGGAUAUUUCGGCAGGGGAUGAGAUAGCCUAUGGCUACAUCCCACUGGGUGGCAUCCGUGAAGAGCGACAGGAGCUGCUGCGCCAAUGGGGCUUUAACUGCUCCUGCUCAUUAUGUUUGGCGCCGGCUAGCGAGGUUGCGAAGUCUGACGCCGCAAGAACCAGGAUCCAAACGAUAGCCGAUCGGCUCAGAUCAGCCAAGGCCAACAAGAAAGGAAAGCUCACGAGACUAGUGUCUGAGAUGCUCCAUCUGGUGGAUCAGGAGGGGCUAGGACCUCAGCUGGUGGUAUGGUACGAUCUCAUCUCGCGGGCAUACCUCCAGGUGGAUGAUUUUGAGAACGCGGAGCUGUACGCGGAUCUGGCUGACCAGACCUGGAAACAACACGGCGGCGAGUUCCACGAAGGCGUGGAUGAUAUCCGGGCCCUGCGUGAAGCACUGCAAGCGCGGAGGACCGAGAGUAUCGGACCUGGGAUCAAAAUGAAAAAUUAG